GCGAAAUUAGGAACAAGUAAAUUUUUUUCAAAAAUCUCUAGGGCAUUGAACUUUUCUUCUCCGAUAUCCUAUCGCGAUCGAUAUCGAUAUAAUCGACAUAAAUUUAUAUUAUUGAUUUUAAUUUUCCUCUCGCCUGAUUAAUUGCCGAGUAAUCUAUCCAGAACCAUGGCGGUUGCAACGGCGAUACGACAAAAGACAAAAACUGGCCAGUGGUCAGCCAUUUUCCCUCCAGAUCAAGUAACUCAACAGCAGUCGGCCAUCUUUGUGAAGAAGCUCCUGGCUGUAGCCGUCUCGACUGUGACUUAUUUGAGGACAAUCUUCCCAGAACAUGCAUUUGGUGACAGAUCUCUUGAAGAUCUAAAUCUGAAGAUUCUUCGAGAUGACAGCGCCUGUCCUGGAGCAUGCCAAGUCAUUAAAUGGAUGAAAGGGGCAUUUGAUGCAUUGGAUAAACGAUACCUCCGUGCCAUGAUCAUUGGGAUGUAUACAGACCCAAGUGAUCCCAAUACUGCAAUUGAGACAUACACCUUUAAGUUCAGCUAUUCCAAGCAUGGACCUGAUGUUGAUAUCUACAGGAAUAAAGAGAAGAUAACAGGAGCUCACACAGAGGCCCAGACCAAGAGAGCAACCCUUCAGCUUCUCAGGACUAUCUUAGUACUGACCCAGUCCCUCAAGCUUCUUCCUGAUGAUGUCAUGAUGACCAUGAAACUACUCUACUAUGAUGAUGUGACCCCUAUGGACUAUGAACCUCCUGGUUUCCAGGCAUCUGAGAGCGAUACCUUCAACUAUGAAGAUGAACCUAUCAACCUCAGGGUAGGAGAGGUCACAACACCCUUCCACACGGUGAAACUCCGGAUAACGACCGACAAGAAGCAGUUUGACAUGAAGACGUCAGGAGAAGAAGGAGCAGAGAUGGAAGAGAAGGAGAUCGAUAGUGAGCAAAUGAAGGAUCAAGAACCAACAGAGGUGGAUGAGAAGGAGAAGAUCUGUGGAGACAAAGAGGAAUCUGAAUUGAAAGAAGGUCCCAAGACUGCUGAGGAUGUACCGGACAGUAGCCCUAAUGUACCAGGAUCUGUAGAUGAGGCUUCACAGAGCAGUAAGACUGGUGAGGAAGAACUAGUAGAGGUUGAGGAGGAAGCCAUUCCCCAAUGUCCAUGUGGAUGCAAUGAGGAUGAUGGUCUGAUGAUUCAAUGUGAGAAAUGUCACUACUGGCAGCAUGCAGUCUGUUUCAUGAUCCUACAUGAAGAUGAUGUCCCAGAGAAACACUACUGUAACCAAUGUGGCAAGAUUGGAGACCCCAGCUGCGAGCCCACCGACCCUUACCUCAGCGAGAUAGACCCUGCCGAGGUCAGGGCCGCCUGCCUCUGGCGGCGCACACUGGAAGCAGGGAAGGACAUGGACAGGGUGACCGCGCCAACCUUGGCCAAACGUCUGGGGGUGGAGAUCGGUGUAGCCCAGACCCUUCUCAACAGGCUGGAGAAGGAGGGAUACUGCAAGGUGGAUGCUAAGAACAAGAGGCUGGUGAAGAUUGUUGACCAGGAAAGAAUCUUGAAGCACGCCUUCCAGAAAUACCUGAGUAAACAAUCUCCGAGAGCAGAACAACUGGAAGAGAUGGAGGCUGAGCAAGUGGAAGAGAAGGAAGUAAUGGAGAAUAAGAAGAACAAGACAAGCCUCCAGCGCAAGAAAGGUGUCAAAAGAUCUGAGGUGGAGAGGUUGACUGACCAGGCUGCAGAUCUGACUGUCUCAGGAACUAGGACCAGGUCUAAACAUUCAUCAGGACCAGGAACUCCCAUGCAGGUUGAGGAAUUAUCAAAGAAAACAAGAUCUAAAAAGAGGAGUGCCGCUUCCCUAGAUGGGAAGCAUAACUUUGAGUUGGCCGGAAGUCAGGAACCGGAUGGCGGUCGGGAGCGUAAGAGACGUAAGUCUAGCAUUGUCAAUAAUCCUGUCCUUGCCUAGAUCGUAACCAGCAACAUCUCUCAUUCUACUUCGACAUUGCUCGGACAGGCCAUUAGAUCUAGAAGACAUAGAAUGUAAUGUAUGUGGUUUUAUGAUUACAGAAAUCCCAGCUAUUCUUUGUUUCGAGGACCAAAAUCAGUUAAAAUAUGGAUAAAUCUGGCAAGUUUUGUAGGAUCUAAGAUCUCUUGUAAAUUCUAUCUUGCAUAGCUGUAUAGACUGAUGUGUGUUUAUGUAUGUAUAGACUUAUGUACGUUUAUUCUAUCUACAAACAAUUCUGAAAUGAAGAUACACCAAAGAAUUUCUGAAAUAAAGAUGCACUGUCAAACUCACCCCCCCC